AUGGUCUCCACGUACCGUACAUCCUUCCUGAUCCCCAUCAAGGUUCUUUCCGGUGUGCCUGAAAUCAUCAAUCUCCGGGACGGGGUCGAAACGCUGCUGCUUGGAUACUAUUACAUAUUCCACAUGGAUAUCGUGAUCAGCCCUGAGGCGGACUUUUUGGUCGUGGGAGAGAGGAUGGAGCAGACAUAG